AUGUCUUUCUGCACUACUCAACGUAGACUGUUUUCAAUUGUAUCGACUUUAUUCAAAUCUAAAGAUGUGCGAAGUGAUCUCAAACCAAUAUACAAGCCACACUAUUCCAACCCCAAGAAUGAACCGAAAUCUUUUCACAAGAACUUACCAUUGUCGAAACCCGAAGUAAAACCAUGGGACGCGGAAGGCAUAUCCAAAGACCGAUUUUUCAAGAGAAAGUAUGGAAAGAUGUCUGACGAAAGGAGACAAGCAUUAGAGGAAAAAGUUGCUCGGCAAAGACGAUUUCGUGCCAUGAAGAAAGAACAUGAAGCUAAAAAGAAGGAGAAAGAGUGGCAAGAGCAAGAGAUGAUGGGUGCACGUGGUAAACGUGAUAUAUACCCCGAUGGUCCAACAGCCUUGGAAAUUAUGUCUUCAAAUGAUAGAAGAGGACUGGGUGGAGCUUGGGAUUUUAAUCCACGUUCAGGCUCAGGCUCGGGUUCUAAAUUCGAUACCUUUUUUGAAUACGUCUAUGGAACACAUCCAGUAAGGGCGGUAUUACAGGCUAGGAAAAGACCAAUAUUGGGUCUCUACAAUUUUAAAUCCGAUGAUCGUGGUAUUAUUAAGUAUGCAGAGAAAGAAUAUGGUGUGAAAUGUCAAACUGUGCGAGACAAGAAUGCGUUAAACAUUUUGACAAAGAAUGGAGUACACAAUGGGUUGGUGCUAAAGACUAAACCAUUAGAUAUUCCCUACGUGACUGAUAUUGGAUCAGCAGAGAAUAGCAUAUAUACGAUAUCCGUCGAGAAUGAACUUGGUGAACUUGAACAGCAAACGAAGAAAGUUUUUAGAGCUUUUGCACAAAAUGAAAACCAAGAAGAGCAAGGAAUGGAUAUUGAAUUUGUGAAUAAAAGUGGUGAAAAUGAAAGGCAGAAUGAAACAGAACUUUACCCACUUGCAUUGUAUUUGGAUGAAAUCACUGAUCCCCAAAACAUUGGAUCGGUACUUCGAAGUGCGUAUUUCUUUGGUGUUGACUUUGUGAUAAUUCCUACUCAUGCCAGUGCCAAGUUGGGGCCAGUUGCCAAUAAAGCGUCAGCUGGAGCAUUAGAUCUUCUCGAUAUUUACCAAACACACCAGAAUAUGAAGUUGAUUGAAAAAAUGAAAAGUAAUGGUUGGAGCGUGGUGAGCACAGCAGGUAGGCCCAACAUCUCAAACGAUAAGUUGGAGAACGGUGUUGGUAAUUACCAAUAUAGGGCAGAGAAAAAUCAUCAUCAACAACAACAGGAACAAGAACAAGAAGAAGAAGAGCCGCUGCACCUCUUAAAUAAAUUUAUUGAACUCAGCGAUCUCAAAACAGUGUUGAGAAGGACGCCUCUUUUGUUGGUAAUUGGUAGUGAAGGUAGAGGCGUAAGAACAAAUCUUAAAAACAAGAGUGACUUUAUGGUGAGUAUUCCCAAGUUGAGAGUUAAUGAUGAUGUUGUAGACUCCUUAAAUGUUGGUGUUGCCACGGGCGUGGUAUUGCAAAACUGUUUAUAA